AUGAACACGAUCUUCAUCCCCGCUGGGAAGCCUGGCCUUCCCAAUUCUCCUCACUGCGAAGUCUCUGCGUGCCCAAUCCUGAACAACUUCAAGCAGAGGUCGCUGCCUCUGCGCUGGUACCCCCCGCCUCCUCAUUGUCUCUGGGUGAUGAUCGAGCCCAUCAGGUGCGGAUAUGUCCCGCAACCGGACAAAGACUCUUCUGAGCUGGGGCAGGAGGCGGCGAAGAAGAAGAAGCAGAAGUGGGACGGGGCAUUAAAAAGACAAGAAAAGAUUUGUGAGGGUCAAGUGCAAAAGCUGAAGAACCUCAAGAAUAUCUUCAGGACCUCGCCACGACCGGCUUGGAUGCCCCGUAUCAACAGCAUGUACAUGGUGGCGCUCGAUGAUGCCAUGAAGCACCUCGACUUCCUCACACGUCCCCUCCCCCACCCCAUCAUCGACACCAGCCACCCGAACUUCUACAAGAUUGCGCCCAAGAUCCCGCGCGAGCAACUGGACACCUUGCUCGAGUUCCAGCAAAGCCAACUGGUGCUUAAGACGUGGGUGCCCCCGUUAUUGGUGUUCACCAAUCCGACCAAGUGGGAGAAGACCGUCUACUUGGUCUCCAACACCGUCACCCUUCUACCGGUCAUGCUCGAGCGGCUGUACUGGACACGCCACGCCGACGACGUUCACCCACUCACUCCCAUCAAGUGGUGCAACAUCCUCACGAUCACGCACUGGAAGGGCGUCUGGAACAAUUACCAUUGGAAGAUGUACAUCGAGGAGAAGCUGGCGGAGUUGAGAACCAAGGAGGACUGGGAUGUGGCGAAGGAGGCGGAGACGCGCGUGCAGCUGAAGGACAAGAAGAUCCCGCUCAAGCCAUACAUCCACAACGAGUACGACAAAUAUGGAAGCCUGAAGUUCUUCAGGCAGAGGCUUACUGACAAAGUGAUCUCGUGCCUCGCUCCAGGACAUGAACACUGGAACUUUCUACCAGGCGACCUGAUGUGUGGCCAUCCAGCGACAAAGGAGUGCCUCAUAAAGGACCCGGAACUUGUCCACAACAUCUUGCUAUGGUUCGAGCUACUGUCCCAUAUGUUCUGGUUUGCCGACUUGAACUCGCAGGCGCUUGCAAGGGAGGGGUCCCUGCGUGAUCCCGCGCCGAUGGAUACAGGGAUGGACGUCUGGUUCCAAUACGACCCCAACCCGUUCUGGGAGAGCUAUGAUGGCAACCUUUCCGAUGAGCCUGUUAAGAACAAAGGGUUCUCGGACUAG